GCCUGCAGCCACUGUGUCAUCCUCCUCCUCCUUCAGCUGCUCACUGAGGGACCAUGCCAGGCCUGUAUGCCCUCUCCUCCUGGGAGGCUCUGCCCCUGAAGAGCUCCAAGGUGAAAGCUUGUGCCAACGGGUACUCCCUGAGCAUCACCGCUCACCUCGUGUAUACCAACCCCCGCGAGGAACCUGUGGAAGGCAUCUUCAUCUACCCGCUGGAGGAGUCAGAGGUGGUCACCAGCUUCGAGGCAGCAGUGGGCAGCAGGCACGUGACGUUCCAGGUCCAGAGCCGGCACCGGGCACAGGACUGCUGCCUCCACUGCGGCCCCAGCCCCAGCCGGCCGCGCCGCUGUGCUGGUGGCCACCUCGUCCUGGACGAAGACACGGAGCGCUCCACCUUCGUCAUGGCCACGGGCACGCUGUGCCCGGCUGAGAGCCUGGCUGUCACGCUGGGCACGGCACAGGAACUGGCCACGCUGCCCGGCGGGGCCCUGCGCCUCCUCCUGCCCCCCGUCCUCACGCCCCGCGUCCCUGCUGUCCCCGAGAGCGAGCCGGCAAGCUUGUGUGACGACAGGUUGGCCCUAUGCCCCACCAGCUGUUUUGGUGGGCCAGGUGCCCGCAGCCAACCGUCCCCCGUGGUGCCGGUGGAGAGCGUGGAUGUCUUUCAGGGACGGCCCUGCAACCCUUUUCCUUACGAGUUUGCCUUUGAGCUCCUGGUGAAGGGCCCCUGUUUGCUGGCAGGCCUGGAGAGCCCAUCCCAUGCCCUGCGAGCUGAUGCCGACCCCUGGGCCAGCUCUGCUGCCACCACCUGCGUCACCCUGGCUGAGCCUCACCGCUACGACAGGGACCUGGAGAUCAUCCUCUACCCCUGCGAGCCCCACCACCCCCACCUGGUGAUGGAGUAUGGUACCAUGACAUACCCCGAGUACGAGGCCCACAUCCGGAGCCGCCGGGAUUACGUGCGGAUUGCCAGGAAGGAUGGCAGCGGCGAGAGACAGGUGACUUUUGUGCAGAAGCGUUUCCACAAGGACAUCUUUGCCAACCCGGUGCUGAUGCUGAACUUCUGCCCGGUGGUGGAGGGUGUCCCUGGGGACCUGCAGAAUGUCACCCGUGAGGUUCUCUUCCUCAUUGACCGCAGCAGCAACAUGAGCAGCCCUGAUCUUGACAAGGUCAAGGAAGCUUUGCUGGUGGCCCUGAAGAGCCUGCCAUCGGGGACACUGCUCAACGUCGCCAGCUUCAGUGCUGAGGUCAAGCCACUCUUCCCAUCCAGCCGCCUCUGCAGCAACGAGACACUGCGGCGUGCCUGCGAGCACCUGGGCGGGCUGCGGGCAGACAGCGGCGGUGGCAGCAGCAGCAGCAGCCUGUUGGCAGCCCUGGGCUGGGCGCUGGUGCAGCCCCUGCACCACGGCUACCCCCGCCAGCUCUUCCUUUUCACCGGUGCGGCAGCUGGGAACGCAGGCAGGAUCCUCCGGCUGCUGCGCAGACAGGCCAGCACUGCCAGGUGCUUCAGCUUCGGCAUGGGCCCACGGGCGUGCCGGCGGCUGCUGAAGGGCAUGGCCAAGGUGAGCCGGGGCUGUGCCGAGUUCCUGAGCCCAGCAGAGAGGCUGCAGCCCAAGCUGAUCAAGUCCCUGAAGAAGGCAGUCGAGCCAGCCAUCAGCGACAUCACCAUCGACUGGUACGUCCCCGACAGCAUGGAGGCUCUGCUCUCGCCCACUGAGCUCCCGGCCCUCUACCCCGGCGACCACCUCAUCAGCUACUGCGUCCUCUACAGCAUCGCCCGCUUCCGCGACAGGCGCCCACCGGGCCAGGAAGGGGCUCGCCGAGGCUCAGCCUUCCCCUCCCAUGAGGAGAUGCCCAGUCCUGGGGAGAGCCGCCAGCUGCCCCGGAGCACGCCGGGAUCCGGGAAUGCUUCCCUGGAGCUUUCGGCUGGGGGCACGGAGGUGUCAGAGUGGAGUGCAGAUCUGGUUUCAGGAGGAGACAUCUGGAAGCGGAUUUACCAGCCCUCCUACAUCCAGGAGCAGUAUGUCCUGACACACUGCUCUGUCAGCACCGACCACAGCCGGGGGCUGCUCUCCCGCAGUUCCACCAGCAGCGAGUCCACUGGCUCCCGCGAUGUGGCCCCUGAGGGUGGCUCCUCAGCCCCCGGUGCCGAUGCCACCUCCCAGCAGGGCCAGAAGAGCCUGUCCCUCUGUGAGUCCUCCACCAAAUCUGCCCCGCUGCCCUCUGCCCCCACUGGCCCCAAGGUGACGGUGGCCCUGAGCAUGGAGGAGCUGGCACGGCGGAAGAAGGCGCUGGCACGCACUGCCCUGGCUGGCCGCAGCUUUUCCUCACCACACGGGGAGCUGGAUGCCCACCGGCUCUUCCGGGCCCUGGAGAAAGUGUCACAGAAGAGGAACCAGUCCCUGGAGGGGCGGCUGGACGAGCUGGGACCCCGGGAACGGCAGCUACAGCCCAACACGGUGGAGUCAAAUAAUCUCCUCUCACCCACCCACCUGGACUGGGAUAUGCUGAUGGAGCCUUCCUACCUCUUCAGUGCUUCUCCAGCUCCCGAGCCUGGGGAGCCCAGCGUGGGUGAUGCUGGCCUGCCCCUGCGCUGCCAGGUGGUGAUCCACGCGCUGCGAGCUGGCAAGCCAGUGUCCUGGGAAGUGACAGCCCCAUUAGAGCCACUGCUGCAGCCCCCAGAGGGACUGGGAAAGGAAGACCCCCCACGGUGGGCAGCCAAGGCCUGGGACAAGCCACUGCACCGCUUGGCAGCGCGCUCCGUCAUCCGGGACAAUGAGAAUGCAGCGCAGCGAGAAGCUGAGCUGGAGCAGGGUUUUGCCCGCCGGUUUCGGCUGAAAGCCAUGCAAACCAGCAAAGCCUGCAAUGUGCCUUCCCUCUACACCCGCCUGGUGCCCAUGGAUGGUGCCACACAAGCAGCCCUGCCCACAGCCCCCGAGGUGUGGGGCAUAGCUGGCUCAUCCAGCCGGCCACGAGCUGUCCCAGCAGGAAGCUGGCAGCACAGGAACUCAUCGGCCGGUCUGGGCCAGCAGUGGGAUGGGGAGGAGCAGGAUGAGGCCCCUGUUGCUGCAGAGCGAGAUGAGACCCCUGGGUCUCCAGCCACUGCCUCCUCCCCUACCUAUGGCUGGGAAAAGCAAAACUGCUCCAAUGGGCCUCCAACCAGCCCCUCCACCACUUCCAUAGGCUCCCAGAAAUCUACAGAGAACCUUGCUGGCUCCAGGUUUAGCCUGAGCAGGCGCAGGGGACCCAGCCUGGUGCUGCGCCCUCACUGCCUCAGCCCAGGAAGCGAGUGCUCCAGCAAUCACGCCAGCCACGACUACCUCCCACUGGUGCAGCUGCAGCAAGCCCAGGGGCCAUUCCAGCUCACCGAAAGCUUCUCUGAAGUGGUGCAGAUCCCUCUGGACCGCCUGCGCCGGGCAUCCCCCUAUGCCUCCCACCGUGCCAGCCUCAGUCCCACGUCCCCAGGGGCUGGGAGCAGCCCCAAGGCAGUGCCUGGUGGUGCAGAGUGUGAGGAGCCAGCUGCAGCCCCCCAGCCUGGCUCAUCCCCGUCCCACAGCACUUGCUCCGAGGUGCCCAGUGCAGGGGUGUGGGCACAGGCAGACAGUGGGCACGGCUCCGAGUCUGACACUGCCCCCCACUCAUCUGCCCCCUCUGAGGCCGGCGGGAGCUGGCAGGACAUGGGACCAGGGGACCUGGAGAGUGCCAGCUGGGCCACAGCGGUGGCCCUGGCGUGGCUGGAGCAUCGCUGCGCCGGCUUCUUCGAGGAGUGGGAGCUGGUGGCGGCCAAGGCGGACGCGUGGCUGCAGGCACAGCAGCUGCCCGAGGGGGUGGACAUGGGCUGCCUCAAAGGGGCAGCCAGGCACUUGUUCCUGCUGCUGCGCCACUGGGAUGAGAACAUCAAGCUGAACAUGCUGUGCUACAACCCCAACAACGUCUGA